ACGCUCCAUAUACUACCCUCGAAAUCCCUAAACCCUAAUCGUUGAAAGAGCGGGCGAAAAUGGAGAAGAGAGACGAGCACGAGACUAUACAAUACAAGUUCCUCCCGACUAGAGAUACCAUACCACCACUUGCAUGACCGAAAGGUUAGCUUCGUCGGCGCCGUUGGCGAUUUCACUUUCCCCGCCGCUCCUAUGGCGCCGGUAGCCAUUUCCGGUUUCCUGUCUUUCUUUCCUUCAUUCAUAUCGUUUGUUUGAACAAAUCCGUUUUCACCAGAAAACCUACAUUUGGCGAUGAUGAUACAAAAAGGCCGGACUUACGGCUGCUGCCAUUCGCCUGUUCGUUUGGCCUUGGUAGUAGAUUGAUGAUACAUUUUUUCCAAAGGUGUACGCUGAGCCAAAUUUUCAACUUACCCAGUACUAAUUUUCUUCUUCCUUCUCCUCGCUCUUAUUCAGCUGCUGAAAACUAAUCUUUGUGUUUGUCAAAUUGGAACCUUUUAAAUCCAUUAUUGAAGAUGGUAGUGUCGUUAUUUGUUGCAUCCAGGCUGAUGCUGUUCACUGAAAAUAGUCAACUGGUCCCAUCCGAAGCAUGGGAUUGUGGUCAAUGUAUUCACUGCUACUGCAGAUUAUCUCCCCCGAGUUUCAGUUUCAAGCCCUUGGCGGUAUAGUUCAUCUAUAAUCAAUUACUAGUUUGUCUGUGCAGUUCUUUGUAACUUUUCAUUUUCUAUUCUGCGACAGGAGAAACUGUUAGAAUCAGGGUUACCCUAGAGGAUACUGCACCAGGAUUCAUGUCUUCGUGUAUGCUGAAGAUGGGGAGAAAACUUGCUUGGAGCGACUGAUAAUGGGAAGAAGAUUGAGGCCCCAAGAAAUCCACCAUGGAUACAACUCUCUCUCAAAUCUUAUUACCUGCAUAAAAGUUGUCGAAGUAGAGGCAUUAUAGGAUCUUUGGCAUCAAGCUUCUAGUCUAAUGGACAGCCAUUAGCAACUGCGAUUAGAGAUUCUAUAGCCUUAUUAAUUGCCAGAGUGUAAAUAUGCUUUGUAUAAGUCACGUACAUUCCAUCCAUCUCAUUGUUUUUCAUCUUCGAUCCGAGAUCGUUGAGGUCCCUUAAUCGAGUACAUUGAAGUGACCCAUAAGUGUGUACAUUGAAGUGUCGUGCAAGGCUCACUUUGUUAUCGUAGAGUUGUAAGUUGUAGCAAAGCGCAUGCUUGCCAUAACAUGCCCCCCAAAAACCCUGAGCAAUGACCACCUGCUUUCAGUACCAACGGCUGAGAUGCAUGUGACAUAUGGAUAAGUAGAAACUAACAAACCAAAACUCAUGUCACUAU